AUGGCCACCGUAUACCCCGACGUCGUUCCAAUCAUCGAAUCAUGGCUAUCUGCGAAUCAUCAGAAGAUUGAGAGUUUCUGGGUCGGCGCGGAUUGGAGAUACUGGGCACGAUAUGAGCUUUUCAUGGCUCUCGAAAAACUCAUCCCGGACUGUCUGGUUACGCAUGGCAUGUCCGAGUUCUGGGAUGAAGGGGACGAGGAAGUCGACAUUCUAGUGGAGCCGCGGGAUGGAGAUCGAGGCACUAUAGCACUUUUGCUAAGGUGCGAAAACGUUGGCGAGAACGAGGGCAGCUACGAGAGGUUUCGGGACCAGCUGGAUGCCGAUGUGGCAAAGGUUGAGAGCCUGGGACGGGUUGGUAGCUCAUUCGAUGACGCGAGGCUGUUGCUGGUCGGCUUUAGUGGUGAGCCGUCAGCAGAAGAUGCAGAGUUCAGGACGCAGCCGCAACCAGAGCAUUUCGUCAAAGGAGAGGUUCAUUGUUGGAUGGUGCGGCACGAUGUCCUGUCAAGGGACCAGGAUGAUUCUCGUGGGACGAAACUCGGCAUCAUUGUCCCAAGACAUGGCAAUCCGUGA